AUGGAGGAUGCCUUGGGUUCAGUGAGCCUUUCGGACGCGGUUCCCAACGAACCCGCCUUAGGCGGGGUCACACUUGCUGGGCAGCAGCAAGACCGCUGCUCCCGAGCCGCCGAGCUGGAGUUGGAAGUGGAACUCCGCGGGGCCGGGCCCCCGGCGGCCGGGCAGCGGCUCCUGCAGGCCGAGGCGCCGGGGGAGAAUGCGCCGGAGGCGGUGGCAGCCUCCCGGCGGAGCGGCGGGGCCGGGAGCACGCUGCGCUGGUUCAUCACCGGGAUCCUGUGUGCUUCCUUCCUGGGGCUGGGAUCGAGUGUCGCCAUCCUGGGUCCCACGUUUCAAGAUUUGGCAGCAAAUGUAAACCGUAAUAUCAGCAGCCUUUCUCUGAUCUUUGUGGGCCGCGCGACGGGAUAUUUGAGUGGCUCUGUGAUUGGUGGAGUUCUUUUUGACAGUAUGAAUCCUUCUCUCCUUUUGGGGCUGUCAAUGUUGGCUACCACAGUCGGUCUUUAUCUUGUUCCAUUUUGUAAGACUGCGGUAUUACUGAUUGUCAUGAUGUCCGUCUUUGGUGUUUCCAUUGGUAUUCUGGAUACAGGUGGUAACGUCUUGAUCUUGGCUAUUUGGGGGGACAAAGGAGCCCCACAUAUGCAGGCCUUACACUUCAGUUUUGCUGUGGGUGCCUUUUUGGCUCCACUGCUGGCUAAAUUGGCAUUGGGCGCGACGGUGUCUGCUGGGAACCACACCGAGGCUGGCUUUAACCAUUCUGCCCUCAACCUGUCAUCUGAAGCUGGCUCAGAACCUCUGUUCGGAGUCCCUGACAAUAUGAAUCUCCUGUGGGCUUAUGCCGUUAUUGCUACUUACAUAUUUGUAGUGUCUAUCUUUCUUUUUGCUCUGUUUUUCAAAAAAAGCUCACAGCAUGAAAAAGCAAAAGCAUCUGCUCAGAGGUCUCGAAGAGCUAAGUAUCACAACGCACUCCUCUGCCUCCUUUUCCUGUUUUUCUUUUUCUAUGUCGGAGCUGAAGUGACGUAUGGCUCUUACGUUUUCUCAUUUGCAACCACUCAUGCCGGCAUGGCCGAAAGUGAGGCGGCUGGGUUGAACUCCAUCUUCUGGGGGACCUUUGCAGCCUUCAGGGGCCUGGCAAUCUUUUUUGCUACAUGUUUACAACCUGGGACCAUGAUUGUGUUGAGCAACAUUGGCAGCCUGCUGUCGUCAUUAUUUCUGGUGCUUUUUGACAAGAGCCCGACUUGUCUGUGGAUAGCGACGUCAGUGUAUGGCGCCUCAAUGGCAACCACGUUUCCCAGUGUUUCUUGGAUUGAGCAGUACACGACCAUCCAUGGGAAAGCGGCAGCGUUUUUUGUAGUUGGUGCUGCCCUGGGAGAAAUGGCUAUUCCUGCCGUCAUUGGGAUUCUUCAAGGGACAUAUCCCGAUUUGCCUGUUGUUUUGUAUACCUCUUUGGGGUCAGCAGUAGCCACUGCUGUUUUAUUUCCUGUGAUGUAUAAAUUAGCCACCUCACCUCUCACUCGUCAGCAAAAAGAACACAGAAAGAGUGAGGACCAGCAGUCGUUGCUCUCUAGCUCUGGGCUCAAUGACCACGAGGAAGAGAAUGAAGAAGAUGAUGCAGAAAGAUGGAACAAAAUGGAUUUUGAAGUGAUUGAAAUGAAUGAUACCAUGAGGAAUUCUGUAAUAGAGACAUCUGGAAAUAUUGUGACGGAGUCCACAGCAGAAGUCUCCCAUCAGUUCCACUCAAAUGCAUAAGUGUGUGAGUUCUCUCCACUUAAUACUGGCAAGUGCCCUGUGAAUCACUUGCAAGAAACCAGGACAAGAGGGACUAACACAGAGAGAGGAUGGAUUAUUUACGGGCUUUCUUAA